CUGGCUUAUUGCAGCCUCCUGUUCGAAUAGUGUCACAGCCACAACCUGCACGGAGAUUAGAUCCACCAUCUAGAUUUUCAGGAAGGAAUGACAGAGGGGAUCAAGUACCUAAUAGAAAAGAUGACCGAAGUCGUGAAAGGGACAGAGAACGACGCAGAUCCCGAGAGAGAUCACCUCAGAGGAAACGUUCCCGGGAGAGGUCACCCCGGAGAGAAAGAGAGCGAUCCCCUCGGAGAGUUCGUCGUGUUGUUCCACGCUACACAGUACAGUUUUCGAAGUUUUCUUUGGAUUGUCCCAGUUGUGACAUGAUGGAACUAAGGCGCCGUUAUCAGAAUUUAUAUAUUCCUAGUGACUUUUUUGAUGCUCAGUUUACAUGGGUGGAUGCUUUCCCUUUGUCAAGACCAUUUCAACUGGGAAAUUACUGCAAUUUUUAUGUGAUGCACAGAGAAGUAGAGUCCUUAGAAAAAAAUAUGGCUGUUCUUGAUGCACCUGAUGCUGACCACCUGUACAGUGCAAAGGUAAUGCUGAUGGCUAGCCCUAGUAUGGAAGAUUUGUAUCAUAAGUCAUGUGCUCUUGCUGAAGACCCCCAAGAACUUCGUGAUGGAUUUCAGCAUCCUGCUAGACUUGUUAAGUUUCUAGUGGGCAUGAAAGGCAAGGAUGAAGCCAUGGCUAUUGGAGGCCAUUGGUCUCCUUCGCUGGAUGGACCAAACCCAGAAAAAGACCCCUCUGUGUUGAUUAAGACUGCCAUUCGUUGUUGUAAGGCUCUGACAGGCAUUGAUCUAAGUGUAUGCACACAAUGGUACCGUUUUGCAGAGAUUCGCUACCAUCGCCCUGAGGAGACCCACAAGGGGCGUACAGUUCCAGCUCAUGUGGAGACAGUGGUUUUAUUUUUCCCGGAUGUUUGGCAUUGCCUUCCCACCCGCUCAGAGUGGGAAACCCUCUCCCGAGGAUACAAGCAGCAGCUGAUCGAGAAGCUUCAGGGUGAACGCAAGAAGGCUGAUGGAGAACAGGAUGAAGAAGAGAAGGAUGAUGGUGAAGUUAAAGAAAUUUCUACUCCUACCCAUUGGUCUAAGCUUGAUCCAAAGGCAAUGAAGGUAAAUGAUCUCCGAAAAGAAUUAGAAAGUCGAGCUCUUAGUUCAAAAGGACUAAAAUCCCAGUUAAUAGCUCGCUUGACAAAACAGCUUAAAGUAGAAGAACAAAAAGAAGAGCAAAAGGAAUUAGAGAAGUCUGAAAAGGAAGAGGAAGAUGAGGAUGAUAGGAAGUCUGAGGAUGAUAAAGAGGAAGAAGAAAGAAAACGUCAAGAGGAAAUGGAACGCCAACGUCAAGAAAGAAGAUAUAUUUUGCCCGAUGAACCAGCCAUAAUUGUACAUCCAAACUGGGCUGCAAAAAGUGGCAAGUUUGAUUGCAGCAUCAUGUCUUUGAGUGUCCUUUUGGAUUAUAGAUUGGAAGAUAACAAAGAGCAUUCAUUUGAG